ACAGCCUGAACCAUCUUCGUCAGCAAUCAGCAUCCGCCGCACCAUCAUCGGCAUUCUUUGUUCAUUAGAAGUUCCGCGGCCCGUACGCGCGCACACAGUUUUCCCCAUCAUCGCUGCUCAGUUUGCGUGAAAAUUUGAAUUCAUUAAGACGUUUGACUCGUAGCCUCCCGCUCUCAUUUUGCUGGAAAUAUUUGGGGAUGCCUGACAAUAAUAGUCUGGUUCCUCCUCCGAGGCUUCAUCAUCCCCCGCCAGUAUUGGCAGCCUCGGUGGUUCCCGUGCCACAACAACAACAACAACAACAACAACAACAGCCAACAUCAUCUGCAUCCUGCCCGUUUCAUGCUGCGAAUGGGACCCUGGUUAACUCGGUCGUUUCCACCAGCGGAAGACCACCGCUGUCGAUAAUCAAAUUCCUCGAAUUGUGCUUGGCCACCGCUUGCACUAUCCUGCAUUACUACAGUUUCGAUGACGGCGACCUUGUAACAGGUUUCCUUGCCACCGGCACCUUUUGCGGAUUUCUUGUUAUUCUAACCACGGUUAUGGUUGGCUACUUGAUGAAGGCGCACAUCCACCGGCGCCUGAAUCUCUUCUACAGCCUACUGGGAUGCGCUCUAUUCCUCACCGCAGGCAUCUUCAUAAUCGAAGCCUGGGAGCACGCCUUCCGGACGCGAACGCGCGAUCUCGCCAUCACCAAGGGUUCGAUAGCCAUCAUCAACGGGGUCAUCUUUCUGAUGGAUACGAUUUUCACCUUUCGCGAACGGAAAUAGUCGCCGAACGCGGAGUCGAUAGUGAGUGACAAUAAAUUCAAUUAAAUCCGA